AAAUUAGGGAUAGUUAAGUUAUACAAUUAGAGAAAUAAACUAUUACAGUUAUAUUAGUAAGUCAACUGGCCUUUUAUGAGACACAAAUAAUAUGUUUCACAUGGUAAUUUCAAAUACGAGGUCAACUACUUUUAUUAUUACAUAAAAUGUACGUUUAAGAUUAAUACCUAAAGUGUAGUAUAUAAUAUACACAAUGGCUAUGGAUGAAAAGAAUUUCUUUCAAAAAACCAUUCAACAUUUAGCUCGAUCUUUAGCUUCACAAAAGGACAUACCAUGGAAAAAAGUUCAAACAUUGUAUUCACUAUGUCCUCAAGAAGGUCAUCAAGGAAUUUACAAAAUAGAUCAAAGAGGCCAAGAUUCAAUAAUAGCAUUAGGAAUUUACUUACUGGAAUCAAAUUUUCAGCACAUUGAUCAAAUACUACCAUACUUGUUAAAAUUGCUGAAUGCUUUAGGGAAAAUGCAAUGGAUAGAUGAGAUUAAGUACUUUCCUAGAGAAAGAAUACCAGUUUCUGAAAGAAUGAGUUUUUGUUUAAACACAUUAUUGACAGAUGUUGCAACUCGCUAUCCAGCUUCUACAGAAAAAAUCAUUGAAGCACAAAUAAAAUGUCUUAGUAAAUUAUCAAAUAUGAUUAGAUCGGCUAAAUCUGAUAAAUUAAAUGAUAUAGCUAAAACAACAUUAUGUAAAGCAACUAUUCCAUGUUUCAUCGGCUUAGCUAGAUCAAUGGGACGAGCAACAUUGAGUGAUCCUCCAUUAUUAUGUCGUUUGUUUCCAAAACCUAGUGCUCCUAUUCAACAAACUCCAGUCCCUAUUCCUGAUCUUAACAUAGCUAAAAAGAAGAGUUUUUCAAACUUUCGUUCAAUCAUUCCACGAUCAUUGUCUUUAAAUUUGAAUUUGGCUUCACUUGAUAUAAUGACAUUAAGUUCACUCGAUCCAAUGAAUGACCUCAAUAAUAGAAUGGUAUACAAAUCCGAGUGCAAAUUGGGUUCUCAAGCACCAAGUAAUAUGUCAAACUAUUUUUUUUUUAAAUACGGAUCAAGUUUUAACCAAUUUCCAUAUACAAGAUUUACUGAUUCAUCUAUUGAUCACAAAUCAUCUACUUUAAUGUUUCCUUUGGGCCAUCUACAAACUGUUCUAUCUAUUGCUAAAAAAAUUCUUACCUCCGACGUACUGGAAUUUGUGGAUAGUUUGGCUCUUGAAUUUCAUAUAUCUGGUGAGAGUAAAACAUUUUGCUAUCGUAGUUUUAGUGAAAUAUUAAAUUUGGUAAUCGCUUCCUUACUAAGAGAAUUACUUCAAUAUCAACAAGAUUUACCAUUGCCAUUUACUAAAGAUGUUCAAGAGUUUAUAAAAGAUUUAUUUUUGAAUGGUCAAACUGAGUUGCAAUCUGGUGUAUUACAAGAAACAUCUGACCGGGAAGAAAAAGAAUCUCAUUUAACAACAAUAAAUAAGUUUAAAAUUAAUGUUUUAGCAAAUGCUGCAUGUGUGGAUUUAUUGGUUUGGGCUACAAGGGAUGAAGCUGGCGCUGAUAAUUUAUGUGGACGUUUAAUGGAAAAAAUAAACUCCAGUAAUAAUGUAAAACAAGCAUUAGCACACAUGCCAUUGAUUCUAGUUUGUAUGGAGGGCUUAGGUAAAUUAUCCGAGAAAUUUCCAAGUAUAGCCAGUACCUGUAUUCAGUGUCUCCGGGACUUUCUUGUUCAACCAUCCCCAAUUUUAUCAAAAUUGAAUAAAUUUCAUUCUGAAAAACAAACACCCAAAGGACUAACAAUCACAGUUAAUGGUGUUAAUGAGAUAAAACCAAUAUCAGAUCAUGUUGAAUCACAGUUUGAAAGACUUCGAAAUUCAUCUAUUGAAAAUCUUUGUAUUGCAUUAAGAGCAGCAUAUACAUUAGAUCCUUUUUGUGUACCAGCAUUGUUAGCAUCCUUAUCAAAUCGUUUAUACACUGCUGAAAAAUCUAAAAAUGAUUCUUCAUUAAUACAGGCUAAUACUAUAGUGAUGUUAGGCCAUAUUGCUGUUAGUUUAAGAGACACUGCUAAGACAUCAGAUACUAUUUUGCAAUUUUUCCAACAACGAUUCUGCCGUGUGCCUAGUUCUAUUGAUGUACUUAUUGUUGAUCAGCUUGGAUGUAUGAUUAUAGCGAAAUGCGAUAUGAAUGUUUAUGAAGAAAUAAUGCGCAUGUUUUCAACAAUUACUGUAGAAGCAGGUAAUGCUUUAUACAGUCAUGAUCAAUCAAAUCAAUAUAGGCAUGUUUCCGGUGCAGUUAUCAAUGCCUUAGCUAAUAUUGCUGGCAAUAUUAAAGGUGAAAAUGAAAUGAAUGAACUUCUUGUUAGAUUAUUAGAAUUAUUUGUACAACUUGGUCUUGAAGGAAAACGAGCAUCAGAAAAAGCACCAGUUGCAAAUAAAGCUUCUAGUAGUGCUGGAAAUUUAGGAAUGUUAAUUCCAGUAAUUGCUGUACUCAUACGCCGUUUACCUGCUAUUAUUCAGCCAAAACCGAGAUUACAUAAGUUAUUUAGAGAUUUUUGGUUGUAUUGUGUAGUUAUGGGAUUUACUAAUGAUUCUGGAUUAUGGCCUAGUGAAUGGUAUGAUGGUGUUAAGGAAAUCGCUAUUAAAUCCCCAUGUCUUGUUACACAAACUUCAACAAGAUCACAAAUGCGUGAGCUUCAAUAUACUUCUGCUGUUAGAAAUGAAAGUGUUUCUUUGAAUCAGUUGCAAGAACUUAAGUCUCAAAUACUCCAACAUCUCAAUCCUGCUCCACCUGAAGUAACAGCAGCUGUUAAUAAAUUAUCAUUUGCUCAGGCAACCUAUCUGUUGUCUGUUUAUUAUUUGGAAACUAUGCGAAUUCAAAAUUCUAAUGAUCCAAGUCUACAGCCAAUUUUUGAUUAUUUAUCAGACUAUGCUAUACAGAAGGAUAAAACUGGAUUGUGGCAUUGUGUUUCCAGUGUUGGGGAUAAAGUAUUUUCCUUAUUUUUAAAUGCCAUGUCUACACAAGCAAAAGAUGAGACUAGAGAAAAAAAAUUAGAAUAUCAUGCCCAAUUAUUAUUGGUUAAUUUUAAUCAUAUACACAAAUUAAUUCAAUGUGUUGCUGACAAAUGGCUUUCUGGACUUGUUAGCAAAUUUCCACAUUUAUUAUGGAAUCAACGUGUACUUUGGACUAUGUGUGAUAUACUUCAAGUUUUAUCAUAUUCUUUAGAAUUAAAUCCUAAUAAUGAAACACCUAGUAUUCAAAUACCAUCUUCUCCAUUUACACUCAUGUUAAUGGAUACACUUGAAGCAAGAGAAAGUACCACUAAUGACUUUGCUGCAAGAUCGUUAGGUUUUAUUCAAGAAGCAAUGAAAUGGGCUCCAAGUGCUACUAGAUCACAUCUACAACAUUAUUUAACUCAAAUACCCAGUUCUUCAUAUUGGCAUCAUUCAGGCCUAGCAUUAGCAACUGAAAGCGUCUUACAAAGCAGUGGCCUUAAUUUUCAUGCAGCACCAUUAUCAAAAACGACAUUGGAUAAAAGACCCCGUUGUGUGAAAACUGAUUCUUCCUUAUACAUCACAACUUUAGGGCUAAGAAGUCAUUUUGCAGGUAUUGUAGCUGGUAUGAUUUCAGCUUCUGAGAAUAGCCCUGAACAAUUAGUAGACAAUGUGAUUGCCAAAGUAUGGGCUGCUUGUAACAAUGACAUUAAUAAUAUGCACCAUAAUGCUCUAUGGACUGCUACAGCUUUACUUAUAUCAAUUUCUGGAUGUACUAGAAAAUUGGUGCAUGUUGUUGCAUGGUCACAAGUUAAAUUAUUUACCACUAAAGCAAUGAGAACUGCAGUUGAAUGUUGGCAAUGGUUAACUACUUCUAGACCAGAUCUAGAAUUGCAAUUUUUACAGGAAAUGUUUGCUGCUUGGCAGUUUACAAUAGAUAGCCGUAUUGGUUUAUUUGCUAAAGAUUUAGAACAAGUAAGUCCACUUGCAGUCUAUGAAGGUUGUACUUUAGAACCAAAUUCUCCUUUUGUUAAACCUCAUGAUAUUUGGGUACAAUAUAUAUCUGAAGUGGUUGACAAUGUAAAAUCUUGUAGUCAAGAAAAAGUAGAAAUGUUAGCUAUGAUGCUGCAUCGAUCAUUACCUAUGUGUGUUGGAACUUCAGAUGCUUUCAUAAGUAGACAAAUAGAUGCAAUUGGAACACGAUUUAGGUUACUACAAUGUGGAUUGACUUUAUUGCAAGGAGAAGUAUUACCAAAGUCACUAGGAAAAAAUAUUCUUAGAGAGAGAGUGUAUUGUGCUUGCUUUGAUACAUUUACUACACCUGUUCAAUGUCCAACUCAACGUGGCUCAGAACUACGAGAUGACAUACUUGCUCUCACUAAAUUUUGGCAAACAAUGCAUUCAGAUAAGAAAUAUUUAAUGGCUAGUGUUAUUGGAGAUUUUGAUCUUCAAGGUGGUAGUUUACAAACUUCUGGAAAUUCGAACUAUGACCAUCAACUAACAAUUUCAUCAUUAAAUGAAUUAACAGUUUCAAGUAUUGGAGCUGUUUCUGGUAAUUCUGGUACUACUCAAGGCUGGAUGAAUACUGUACCAUUAUCGACAUCUGCUACAAAUACAUUAAACAAACGUACAGCCAAUAAUUUACGAAUGAAACGCCAACAUGUUAAUGCUAAUCAAGAUUUAUAUGUUAAAGAUUACAUAAAAAAGCGAAUUCUCAUAUUAGAUCUUUUGGCUGUUCAAAUUGAAUUUUUAAGUACGUGGCAAAAUCCAACUGGUCUUUCUGAACUUAAUGUACCCGGAGAAGAAAUGGUUGCUUCUUGGAAAUCAAAAAAUGUUCCUGAUAAAUCCUUACGUGAAAAUACAAGGCUUGCAUGGGAAAUCAGUCCUGCUCUUUGUGUAUUUCUACCAGUAAGAUUAAAAAAUGCAGACUGUAUAGUUAAAGAAGUAUGUAGAAUGGUUAGAGCAAAUCCAAUGGUUGUUUCACACAUACCUGAAGCUUUACAAUAUUUAGUGACAACUGAAACUCUUUUAAGUGAUGCUCCUGAACUAGUUUACAUGUUGACAUGGGCAAGGGUUACGCCUAUCCAAGCAUUGUCAUAUUUUUCUAGACAAUAUCCACCACAUCCUAUAUCUGCACAAUAUGCUGUUCGUGUAUUAGCAAGUUAUCCUGCUGAUGCAGUGUUAUUCUACAUUCCACAAUUAGUGCAAACUCUUCGACAUGAUACUAUGGGUUAUGUUUUGGAAUUUAUUAAAUCAAUUUCAUUGCGGUCCCAAGUAGUUGCUCAUCAAUUAAUUUGGAAUAUGAAGACAAAUAUGUACUUGGACGAAGAAAUGCAGCACAAAGACACGGCUCUUUAUGAUACAUUAGAUUCAUUAACUAAUGCAAUCGUAAAUUGUUUAUCCGGACCUGCUAAGAAGUUUUAUGAACGUGAAUUUGACUUUUUUUCUCAAAUUACUGAUAUAUCAGGCAAAAUAAGACCUUUCCCUAAAGGACCUGAACGUAAACGUGCAUGCUUAGAAGCACUGAGCAAAAUUGAAGUUCAAGCAGGAUGUUAUUUGCCUUCAAAUCCGGAAGCAAUGGUUAUUGAUAUUGACUAUAACAGUGGAACUCCAAUGCAAAGUGCUGCUAAAGCACCAUAUUUAGCUCGGUUUCGAGUAAGAAAAUGUGGUAUAAAUGAAUUAGAACAAACUGCCAUGGCUAUAUCAAAUCAACAAACAUCAGUUAAUUAUGACAAAUGUAUUGAUUCCUCUUCUAUGAUGGGAUUAGAUACAUGGCAGGCUGCUAUAUUCAAAGUUGGAGAUGACGUACGUCAAGAUAUGUUGGCUCUUCAAGUUAUUAGUAUUUUUAAAAAUGUGUUCCAACAAGUUGGAUUAGAUUUAUUCUUGUUUCCAUAUCGAGUAGUUGCUACUGCACCAGGGUGUGGUGUCAUAGAAUGUGUUCCUAAUGCUAAAUCAAGAGAUCAAUUAGGUCGUCAAACUGACUAUGGCAUGUAUGAAUAUUUCAUCAAAACUUAUGGCGAUGAAAAUACAAAAGAAUUCCAGAACGCCCGUAGAAAUUUUGUUAGAUCUAUGGCAGCUUAUAGUGUUAUUGGAUUUUUAUUGCAAAUUAAAGAUAGACAUAAUGGAAACAUUAUGUUGGAUACUGAUGGACAUAUUAUACAUAUUGAUUUUGGAUUUAUGUUUGAGUCAUCGCCAGGAGGUAAUUUAGGUUUUGAACCAGACAUUAAACUUACUGAUGAAAUGGUAAUGGUAAUGGGAGGUAAAAUUGAUGCACCCCCUUUUCGUUGGUUUACUGAAUUAUGCGUACAAGCCUACUUAGCUGUCAGACCUUAUAAAGAAGCUAUUAUUUCAUUGGUAUCUUUAAUGUUGGAUACUGGAUUACCAUGUUUCCGUGGUCAAACAAUCAAAUUAUUACGAACUAGAUUUGCACCUCAAUCCACUGAUCGUGAAGCUGCAGUAUAUAUGAUGAGUGUCAUUCACAAAUCUUUCCUUAACUUUAGAACAAUAGCAUAUGAUUAUUUACAACUUUAUCAAAAUCAAAUCCCAUGCUAG